UUGAAACGGAAACCGAGAAAUGCGGGGGGACUGGGGAGGUCGAAUCUUACCGGGACACUCAGCAAAAGAUGUAACAGAAAGACAGGUUUAUACCGUUUGAAGAGUUGAAUCAGAUAAGAUAACGUGUGGGAGACUGUUUAUAUCAGCACAGGCGGGGAUGGAAAAGCUGUCCUAAGUAGCUGCGAGUUGCGAGCACCUCAAGAACCUGAUCUGGCUUUGCUACUUGAAAGAUGGUGCAUGAUACCUUCGUGAAUCGAGUGCGUGUGUUCGUGGUUGUUUUCGCCCUGGUCGCAGUCGCCGCGACAAUAGGAAUAUUUUUUUCUAAGCGUGAAGAAGCUGGCUGCAGAAGAUUGGAGCUAAGUGGUGCAAAUCUGAGCAAAUUCUUUCAAGUUCCUUCCUCCAAAGCCUCAAUAUUUCUUACAGCGAUCUACCCCACGUACAAGAACACAGGACAGGAAGCUCCCCUAGUGUGGGACGAGGAGUACCACUUCAGAAACAAUAUGCAGCUGAGUGAGGAGGGCACUCAGAUCAUGGUGGUGGAGAAGGGUUUCUACCUGGUCUUUGCACAAGCCACCUUCAAGGUGCCAAAUCUUGGAGAAACCAGGGAGAACCUCAUGCUGAGGGUCGACGUUCAGCACCCCGAGCAGACUGACCAGUACUCAGCGGUCUUUGCGACGCAUUGCGGGACUCAGAGCUGUGGCAGCGGGGAAAGCGAUGUGGUCCUCAACAAGCCCAUUUUACUGUGGCUGGAACCGAGAAACAACUUGACUGUUGUGACCCGUCCCUGGCAGCUGGUGGACUAUGCGAAGCAACCAACAUCGACGUUCCUCACUGUCUUCAAAUACUCCGACUAAGGAACUUGCAGUCAAGGACACAGGAAUGGUGUCAAUAGACGUCAACAUUUCGCUUAUUUUGUUGCCUCCACUUCUUGAGACUGCAAUGUUUUUCCACCCGUGCCUCCUGUAUCCAGCUCUACACUGCUCACUGCUGCAGGUCAACACCAUAAUGACUGUAACACAGGAAUGUCUGUAGCACAGGAAUGUCUGUUAAUAACCCCUGCUAGCCAAAUACCCUUUUUUUUACUUUUGAAACUUUAUUUUGUAGAAAGUUGUGAAAAAUGUUCUAAUGAUUUUGUUUUAUUGCUAACAAAUCUGUGAAACAUUUUGCUGGGAAAAAGAUGUUGGUUCUGGACAAGCACAGCUGGAACAUUGUGGUUAGAGGUGAUUAGAAAGCAUAACGCUGCAAAAACUUUGCUACCCCUUUCACUCAUUCGCCACUGUUCUGGACCUUACUGCGAUGCUGUGUAAAAGGUGCAACAUUUUUAAAAACUACAAAUAUCAAACUGAAAUUAGCACAUAAUUCCAACAGUCUCCCUUAUCCACUAAAAUGAUUUUGUAUUGCAUCAUGAAACUCAUUUUAUACAGCACAAGCUGGAAUUAUAAAGAUCUGGGAAGAGAACAAGCUCAUAUUCCCAGGUAUAUGUAAGGUCUCAAAUCCUGUGCUAAAAUUAAGUAUAUAUAUAUUUAUUUAUUUACUUUUUUGUGUAGGUGGAUGAGUGAUUGGUGAGUUUAUAUUUUUGGCAAUAACUUUCUCUUUUUGAAUGUACCGAAGCUGUAACCUUCUCUUUGAGUAAGUUGAUAACCUUUGCGUGAUAACUUUCAACCCACGCUAGCUGGCUAAGGUGAGGGAAGAGUGGAAGCGAAUGAAUGGUUGUGGUAAUAAAUGGUAAAUCUUGUGGGCAGUGAAUUAACAAAAUGUGGGGGCAUAUGGUAGAUAAAUUGGUGUAUUUUUUAUAACAAAAAAUGAUGUUUAUGUUUGGUUACAAUUAUGAAGGAGGAGCCAAUGGUAAGACCGACAGUUUCAGAAUGUUUGAGGAUGUUAUGUCCUGGCCUUGAGAGCAGCAAUUCCCUCUAUCCUUUCUGAAUUCCAAGUUUUGUGUUUUGUCUGGUGCAGUGAUAUACACCUCAUGCCACAAAGUACCUUUGUACAUAAAAAUAUUUUUUGAAA